AAAUACCCAUCUCUAUUAAGAAACAGAAAAAACCAAUAAUCCGCGGUUUUGCUAUAUUUGUUAAUAGAAAUCAACGCUUAAAAUAGCUGUUGUCGUUAGUAUAAACUGUAAUUUCUCUUAAAUUGGACAAAAAAUGCUUGAAGAAAGGCUGAGCAAGAAUUCUGAUGUGCCCGAGGGGUCAAUUCCAAAAACAGCAAGCAACUCAAGCACGCAGAAUAAAAAACAGACACCCUGUGCGUCUGCGCAGCUAUCCGCGGAUGCAGAGAUGGAGGAGGAACCAGCAGGCCAGCCUGCGGCUUACAGCAUGCGUCCAGCAUUUGGCGAAUCUUUUCCGUUGCCAAUUGUAAAAAGCAUUAUAAACAGCGUUAUGGCUGAGAAACUUAAGGACAAAAUAUACGACAAGGACGUUGCCAAAAUCUGGUCUCGUGAAAUAGCCGACGAAGUGAAUCAGCAGAUCGCUGCGAGUCCCAAAGUCAAGCGUUAUAAGCACGUAGUGCAGGUGAUGAUGGGCCAAGAGCUGGGCGCCGGUGCCACCUACUUAUCUCGCUGCUGUUGGGAUUGCGACUGCGACACGUCCGUUACGGAGGUGUUCAGUAAUACGAGCCUGUUUUGCGUGUGCACCGUAUUCGGAACGUAUCAGUACUGAAGCGGAGCUGGGCAACAACUGGAGGCUUCAACAGUAAACUGAUAAGCAUGCAGCUAUUUAUAAAUACCAAAGCUAUCAGCUGGACCCAUAUGCGAAGGUAGUUUCCUAAUUAUAGUAAUCUUUAACCAGUAACAUUGGCGCAAGAAAGAGAUGGAGAUUGCCAUUAAGUAUAAACACCUUCUGGGUCCUUGCAAUUCGGUUACUUGCCAUAUAUAUAGAUAUAUCUAUCUAAGCGCCUGUAUAUGUACAUAUAUGUUACUUAGACAAUUUAAUUUAUGACAAACGCACAAACAUAAGCGAACAACAAUUGUGUGUAGAAAAAGUGAGAAUCAUUUAUAAAAGAAAACAAUUGCAUUAUUUA